AAGAAACAAUCAUGCCUGAAGAUCUCAGAUAUAAGAAGGUUUGGAUUCUGUGUAAUGACUGUAAUGACACAACUGAAGUAUUCUUCCACAUCCAUCGGGCAAAAAUGCAGACACUGUCAAUCAUACAACACUCGUAUGAUUUCACCUCCUGUUCUUCCUCAAUAACAACUUUCUACUCCGGAAAAACUGAUUGUUUGAGCCACGGAACGAAGUGCUGUGGUCUCAUCGUCCUUAUUACUAAUUGUUUUGUGCCAUAUUCAUCGCCAUUGCAUCAUAACUCAACUUCACUUGCAAGCAUUUGUGACAUGAUUCUUUUUCCAAAGAUGUGAGUAAAACCCAACUUAUUUGAUUCCGGACUAUGUAUAACAUGUACGCAUAUAUUGCUAUAGCAUUUCAAGGGACUGCUUUUGAGCUUCAAA